AUGUUUGGCAGACGGCUUGACUCGUCGAGCAAGAGCUUCUCCAAGGGCCACGGCAAGGCGUCCAAGUCUAGCUCCUCCUUCAGCAGAGACAGCGGCGUGUCGAAGCGCCGCCAUGAGCCUCGCCACCGCAGACCGACGACGGCCUCGACGGCCGCCGCCACCGAAGACACCCUCAUGAGCAACAACCCGACGUCGGCCAUCGUCACGCUCGUCGUCGGCGCCGAGCAGCGCCUCUUUGCCGCCCACGAGGACGUCCUCUGCUCUAGCUCGGCCUUCUUCCUCAACGCCCUCCGGAGCUCGUACCCCGAGUCAGCCACGAAGCGCAUCUCCCUCGCCGACGAGGAGCCCGUCAUCUUCAGCUCGGUGCUCGAGUACCUCUACAAGGGCGACUACUUCCCUCGCCUCAAGUACAACAAGAGGCGCAACUCGUGGGAGCUCGAGUCCACCACGGAUGAGGAGGGAGGAGCAGCAGCAGCAGCGGGAAGAGUCGAGAGCACCGUCUACCAUCGCGGCGUGGACGGCGAUCUCCUCAAGGACACCGUUAUCUAUUGCGCCGCUCAGAGAUAUGGCCUAGAGGAACUGAAGAAGCUCGCGCUGCGGAAGCAGGGUCUUCAGUCCGGUAUUCAGUGCAGCACCAUCCUGGCCUCGGCCAGGUACGCGUACGCCAACACGCCCGACAACGACUCCAAGCUGCGCGCCCACUACCUGGCCCUCAUCAUUCGCUCUCGCGGCACCUUUAAGCGUAGCGGGACGAUGCAACUCGAGAUGUACAACGGCGGCACGCAGCUCUUCUUCGAUCUCUUUGUCGCUCUGUGCAACCACGUCGACGACAUUUCGUCUGCACAGAGCACUCCCCGAUCCAACCGUCAUCUCUGGUAA